CCGUCCACGUAAAUCUCUCUCUGCAAUUAACCUUUAAAAAAAUACGCAACAGUAUCAGUAUACAGAAAAAUCCAGAGAUUUCUCUAUUCCAUUUCGCAGCUUUGCGAUUCAUUCAUAGGUGAAACGGAUCAUGUCACGUUUAAUUCAAGCUCGAUCCUCUCUCUCCAGAUACUGGAGUGUUGCAUCAUCCAGAAAUGUUCGGUUUUUGUCAACUGAAUCCAAUAAAACAGAUGAGCCCUUUAAAGUUGAGGAAGCAGAAACAGUAAAUAUGCCUCCACCCCCAACGGAGAAGUUACUUGUGCUUGGUGGAAAUGGAUUCGUAGGCUCACAUAUCUGUAAGGAAGCUCUAGAUCGUGGUCUUACAGUUGCUAGUCUUAGCAGAACAGGAAGGUCGUCCAUACAAGAUUCUUGGGCUAACAGUGUGAUUUGGCAUCAAGGAAACCUUUUUUCAACUGAUUCAUGGAAGGAUGCACUCAAGGGAGUAACUUCUGUUAUCUCUUGCGUUGGUGGGUUUGGCUCUAACUCACACAUGUAUAAAAUCAAUGGGACAGCUAAUAUAAAUGCCAUCAGAGCUGCUUCAGAAGAAGGAGUGAAAAGAUUUGUUUACAUCUCCGCUGCAGACUUUGGCAUUGCAAAUUAUGUGUUACAAGGUUAUUAUGAGGGGAAGAGAGCUGCUGAAACUGAGCUGCUAACAAGAUAUCCAUACGGAGGAAUAAUCCUGAGGCCUGGAUUUAUCUAUGGAACCCGUCGUGUCGGGAGCAUGAAAUUACCCCUCGGUGUAAUUGGUUCUCCUCUAGAGAUGAUUCUACAGCGUGCAAAACCUCUGAGUCAAAUACCCCUUGUUGGGCCUCUUUUUACUCCUCCUGUGAAUGUCACUGCGGUAGCUAAAGUUGCCGUCAGAGCAGCAACAGAUCCUGUAUUCCCUCCUGGUGUGAUUGAUGUUCACGGAAUCUUACGCUACAGCCAGCAGAGAUCUGUAUAAGGUGAAUGAUUUCAUCUGAAAAUAAUGAUAAUGUGAUACCAACGGCGGAAUUCUUUUACAAUCCUCAAAGAAGCGUUUUCAUAUAUUUCCUGAUGGUAAAAGCGUAAAAGGUUCCAUUCAAUAAAUAAAAUGAUGCUUCUGUAAUCGUUAUUUUCUUCAGUAUAUCUUGCUUGUAGCUAAAUAGGUUGCAUUUUCGUCAAUGACAUUCGUCUGUCUGUAGCUCAACAGGCUGCACCAGAUAUUUAUCCGCCCCCCCCCUCC